ACUGGACACUGGCCGCAAUUCACGUUAGCGUCCUCAUCAAACGUCUCGCCGGCCAGUCGUCCAACAUGGCACUCUCCUUAUUUCGACUUGGUCGCUCUCUCAGAUCUAUCUUCUCUCCUGCGGUGGUCUUCAUCGCCUUAUGUUGUCUGCUUACCUUCGUUUUCGUACUCUAUCAGCCCAACGCCGGCCCUGGAGCGUCCCAACGUGUGGGAUGGCAGUCUUGGGAAGUCAUCUCUGGAAUCUCCGGCGACAACGCAGAUGCGACUACUGGCGGAGACAGCACGCCCAUUGCGGGGACUCCGUCGCUGGCAGAAGGAGUCGACUGGUGGAAUGUAACUCAGGGCUCGCAGAAGGUUGAUUCUGCUAGCCUGCCUCUUGAUGUUUGGGACCCUAUGCUCCCACAUGAUACUGGAUUGUCCGAGAUUGAUAUCACGGCAUGCUUCAUUGACCCCUGGUAUGCAGAGAGCCUUGCUGGGGACUUCUGCGCACCAGCGACAACGAAGGAGGCCGACGCAUAUAGAGGGAAGUGGGUCCGCGUUCCACGCAACCUCAAUGUACAAUCGGGGCUUAUGAGUUUGAACAUCUACUACCGACGCACACGCCGACACGACAUUCCCAUUGUGACAGAACUGCGUAUCUUGCCUGACAAGGAGACACCACCGCUCAGUGCCGACUGGCAUAAGGUGUCGCGGACGAUCAGCCCCUCCGGCGAGAAGCUCUAUCUCUGGUACAAGACAGAUAAGACGCUCGCGCAGAUGACAAUGACAGAACGGCAGACAGACCUCGUCACAGAGCUGGACGUACUCUUCGGUGAUAACCAGCCGUGGUAUGGAUUCGAGAAGCUGGACACGCCAGUGCUGGAGGGCAAGGCGAUCAUUCAGCGCGAGAGCGUCUGGCUCACAUACCGUCGGGGGGUGAAACCGGUACCCCGAGCGCCUCCGCUGCAUUUUACGCACGACGGCCGAUUCAAGAUUAUGCAGAUAGCGGACCUGCAUUACUCGGUGUCGGCAGGGACGUGCCGGGACACACCGCUCGCGCCGUGCAGCAACUCGGACAAUUUGACGAACACGCUUCUCGGACGCAUGCUCGACGUGGAGCGGCCAGAUCUCGUCGUCUUUACUGGUGAUCAGCUGAACGGGCAGGGCACCUCGUGGGACGCGCGUUCCGUGCUCGCUAAGUUUGCACGGGCUGUGACACAGCGGGGGAUCCCGUGGGCGGCCAUAUUUGGCAACCAUGACGAUGAGGAUGGGGACUCGAGAGAGGACCAGAUCAAGUAUAUGAAGGGGCUGCCAUACAGCCUUGUCGAGGCGGGCCCGAAGGACAUCCACGGCGUCGGCAACUACGUUCUCAAGGUCAAGAGUGCCGAUGCAUCUAUGACGCAUUUGUUGACACUGUAUUUCCUGGACUCUGGCUCGUAUUCGAGAGGAUUCUUCAACUGGUUCGGAUUUUUUGUGCCCACAGAGUACGACUGGAUCCAUCAGGACCAAAUCGAUUGGUUCUUGCAAGAGUCAUCCUCUAUCGACCCUAUUGAGCGUCCUUUCACUCCGGACAGUGGGAAGGAUCUCGGCGAUAUCUGGGAGCGACAGGCAGCUGACCAGGUGACGCCGGAGACGAGACGUCUCGCGAAGCCCAACGCGCUCAUGUUCUACCACAUCCCUGUACAAGAGACGUAUGCGGCUGCAGAUACAGACCCGAAUACAGGGAAGCCGCUUGACGUUGGGCAGCACGAUCUCGAGGGCCAGGGCUCGCCGAAGAAGCAAGAUGGGUUCUUCCAUAAAGGGCUGCUGCAGGCCCCGGAGAGCGAUCAUGUCGCGGCCGGUAACGCGCGCGAGGUGAAGGUCGUCGCCAAUGGGCAUUGUCACGUCACGGAGAACUGCAGACGUGUGAAGGGCGUGUGGCUGUGCUUCGGCGGGGGAGGAUCAUAUUCAGGCUACGGCCGCGUCGGUUUCGAUCGCCGCUUCCGCAUAUUCGAUAUCUCGGACUACGGCGAGACGAUCCGGACGUACAAGCGCACGGAGAACGACGAGAUCGUGGACGAGAUGGUGCUCGCCGGGCGCGGAGCGCCGCCGCCGUUUGAGGGCCUGCGGCGGUGAGGUCCGCUUGAUGCAUUCCGCCAAGAGGUGGAAUACAUGAUCAUGUAUUAUAGAUGUUCGGUACGGAUUGUAUGUAUACAUGAUGUUUGGCUGUAGGAUUCCGGGGUAUCGGAAUGUACCAUGUAGUCAAUUCAGAAUGGAGAUUGUACGGCAGCGAUCAUCUUGAUGUUGCGCAAAUUUUGUAAGCACAUCGUACAUACAUUCUCACCUGUUUAAAUUAAGAUGUCCACCCUAUCUGAUACUUGAUGACGGCG